AUGUGACUUCCAGUUGUAUCUCCUGUCAAGUGUUGUGAACUUGUAAUGCAUUUUUUGUGCUUUUCAAUUAAAAAAGUUAUCAUUUCCCUUAUUUUUGUGAUUCAUUGACUAAAUUAAGCAGAUAUUUUCCUUGUCGAGCAAUCUACAAUGGAUCGUAGGAGUUUGCCGUGGAAGAAGAAAUCAUCAGAUAAGACAACAAGCGAGAAACCUGCAGCUGUUAUAGUGGAGUCAGCCUCUGCCCCUUCAGAUUCAACUGAACCUAAGGUUGAUCAGGGUAAACAGGAAAUCAAGAAACCUGAAUAUGUGCAAAUUUACGUUGAAUCUUAUUCACAUUCGACUGGACUGGAGGAUCAAGUUAAGUCUCUUGAGGAACAAAUGAGUGGCUUAGAGGAUGAAGUCAAGGAUUUGAAUGAAAAGUUGGCUGCUGCACAGUCAGAAAUGACUAAUAAGGAAAACCUGGUAAAACAAUACGCUGAAGUUGCUGAAGAAGCCGUCUCAGGUUGGGAGAAGGCUGAGUUAGAAGCCGCGAAACUGAAAAAUCACCUGGAAUCCGUUACUCUUUUGAAGCUUACUGCUGAAGACAGGGCAUCACAUCUGGAUGGUGCACUGAAAUUACAUCUGGAUGGUGCACUGAAGGAGUGCAUGCGGCAGAUAUGAAAUUUGAAAUAAGAACAUGAACAAAAGCUGCAUGAUGUGAUUCAGAAUAAAACCAAGCAGUUUGAAAAAAUGAAGCAUGAGUUUGAAGCAAAAUUAGCUAACCUGGACCAACAGUUACUCAGGUUUGCAGCGGAAAAUUCUGCACUCUCAAGGUCUUUCCAGGAGCGUUCAAGCAUGGUGAUACAGGUCAGUGAAGAAAAAGCCCAAGAUGAAUCAGAAAUUGAGAUGUUGAAGAGCAAUAUCGAGUCAUGUGAAAGGGAAAUAAAUUCUCUGAAAUAUGAACUCCAAAUUAACUCAAAGGAACUAGAAAUUCGUAUUGAGGAG